CUGUGAUAAUUCCGCAGAGGAAAUCAACUUGCCAUAGAAAGGCGCAAAAAAAGCCACUGUUCUGCAACCGAGCUUGCAUGAUCAGCAGAAAGGGUUUCUUUUUGCACACACACCCACAGCCGCUGUAUGCAGAAUGCAGGGCGGUGUGAGCUGCACAAACACCGUCCAGUCUGCUUCACCCCCAGAGCCACACCACCACCACCAUCACGUCCUCUAAUGUGAGAGAGCCGCUGUCUCUGCAAGGAUUGUCCUAAUCUGGGAGGUUUUCCAAAGGCCAGAAGCCCAGGGCUCUCUGGAAACCUGUCAUGUGACAUUUGGCUGCCAACACUCCGUCAGAAGGUCAAAGGGGGCCCCGGUGCACAGUUCAUGGAAAUGCAGAAAAGCAACGCUGCACACAGCAUCCAGCACCAGGACUUCUUCAGCGACUCUCUGCAGGAUGCCUGCGGGUUUGGCAGCAUUCACCAAGCAGCCGCAAACCAACAGCUGGCACCGGCGGAGAUGUUUGAGUUUCCUCGGAGGUCAAAACAACAGCAAAGCCCGCAGUUUCCCAUGAGCAAAAAGAUUUUCCCCUGGAUGACAGAGUCCAGGCACAACAACCAGAAACACGGCAGGAGAGUCGCAGACCGCUCCUUCAACGAGACGUGUCCGAGCGCGACGCCGGUCUUCAAGCGGACGCGCACAACGUACACGAGCGCGCAACUGGUGGAGCUGGAGAAGGAGUUCCACUUCAGCCGCUACCUGUGCAGACCGCGGCGGGUGGAGAUGGCCAGUCUGCUCAACCUGCACGAGAGGCAGAUCAAGAUUUGGUUCCAGAACCGGAGGAUGAAGCAGAAGAAGGAUGAGAGACUGCAGGGCCUCUCCUCCUCCCCUCCGCCCUCUCCCUCCGCCCCGGGCAGCCCCACUCUGUCGAGCCUGGGUUAUGUCCGUCUGGGCGGGGAUUACCAGCCGGCCUCCCCUCCGUUCAAGUCCCAACAACAGCAGCCGGCGUACCCGGCAGAAUACUCCAAAUACUUCACCCUCGGCCCACAGUUUGAGGAGCACUACAACCCGCACAACACCGCCAACACAACUAAUCCAGGUCUGGACCUGCACGGGUCGUAUUUGUCCCAGAGCUGCACUCCGCAGGACAGAAUCCUGCGAGCUCCAAAACUGACUCAUCUGUAGCAGAAAAGUCUUCACUGAUCUGAUGCAUAAGACUUAUUGGAAUAAUAAUUUCAGCAUUAGUGUCAAGUUGUACUUCUACUUAUUUAUUUGUAUCCAUGACUUUUACAGCUGGGCCUCGUUCCUUCAGGCAUCAGGAAAAGCUCCAGCUUAUCUUGAAUUAAAGUGUUCAUUAUUGUUAUUUAGGUUAAAUACAAAGCAGUUUUCGCUCUCCAGGGAGUAAAUAAGACGAAAUGCACCCAAAACGUUCACAAAAACGGCAGCUCCCUUUUUUCUUAAAGCUUAAUUAGCACUUGAGGUCUAGAACAUUGCGUUAUCUCUACUUAAUUACCCUUACGGAUGACUGUGGACGUGGUAGGCUUUAGAAGAUAUUACAUUAGAGUCUCAGUGUCGUUAACUCUCAAGCAAGGCGAAAAGAGAAGCCAGAAAAGCCUGUAUAAUUCUUAAAUGCUCUUUUAGAGGCGAAGUGGGCCACACAAGCUGCCUAUCUUUAGAAAGAGCGCAUGAUGGAUCACCGAGGUCACAGCGCUGCCUGAGUCAGAGGAGAUCCGUGUGAGCCGGGAAGUGUCUUGGUAAUAAGCCAAUGUACAUUUUGAUCAUAAUCAAAUGUUGAGUUUCAUUAUUGAAAUAUCCCUUCGGAAACCUUUUUUCCACCCUGAGAAUUAAUCGAAAUGGUGCGUAACAAAUAAUAUCACCGCUAAAACAGCACAGACCAUAAAAAGGUUAAAACAUGAUAU